AUGCCUUCCUUCGCGGAUUCCUUCUGGUCAGGAGAUUAUGCCGGAGGGCUCGGCGUGCUCUUUGGCAAGCUCCAGCAAGGCGUACAAGAGAAUCAGCAAAUGCUCCAGGUUGCGCGGUUGCGAGCUGAGGCUGAAGACCUAUAUGGCAUGAAACUUGCAGAAAUAGGGCCCGCGACAGACAAGAUAAUCGGUGGCUUCUCUCGAGACGACGGAGCAAGUGUCCGAAAGGCAUACGAUGGAGUUCGAACCGAGAUGGAGGAGGCAGCCAAGAACCAUCGCAAGAUCUCUCAAAGCAUCCGGGACCUUGUCAUAAAUCCCUUCACAAGGUGGUGCGAUGCACACGAGAUGCGAGUUCAAAAUUCCCAAGAUGAUCUCCAAGCACGGAUAAAGCUGCACGACAAGCAGGCCGAGACAGUCAAGAAAUUACGGAGCCACUACUUCACCAAGUGUCGGCUAGUUGAGGACAUUGAGGAAGAAAAUAAGAUGGCUUUCCAGCCUGCGGAAAACAGCCCCAAGGCCAAAAUCCCAGAGAUUAAGGUGACAGACAGGGAGGCGGAGGAGGACGAGCCGGUGGAAAUUGGCGACGAAGUCUACCAACCUGAGCAAGUCAAGAAGAUCCUCGCCCAUAUCCUCACAACCAUUCGACUGGGCGAGACGAAGGUUCCUAUCCUCGGCACAUAUCAGAAUACCUCAAGUGGCGCGGAUAUUGUGGAGUAUUUUCAGAAGUACAUGGGGGCUACGAGCGUCAGUCAUGCCGAGCGGAUUGGACAAGACCUCAUCACAGCCGGAUUUCUGCGGUUGAUCGGAAAUGUAGGAAGCAUCUUUGCGAACAGUUCCAAGAUGUUCUACCAGUGGAAACCAAAGGCCUUCCAAUGGAGCGGAGUUCCUGAGAAGAAGCAACCGCUUGGCCGUACCUUUUCGAUGGCAUCCGAUGCGGGCUCAGUUGAGUCGCCUGUAGCUGGAACCGUCUCUGAAUUCUUGGCCGGAUGGAAUCCUAUUAACACCCAAAACCCCAACGAGACUCCCGGCGACCGCCUUCGGAGGGAGGCUGCUGAAGCAGAUGAGCGAUACAAGGCUGGUGUCCGGAAGCUCGAUCAGCUGCGGUGCCAACUCGAGGAGGCUAUCAUUGAACACUUAAGAUACUUAGAGCGCUGUGAGCUUGACAGAUUGAAGGCUAUCAAGACCAUUAUUCUGGAUUUCUCGGGGACAAUUAGCAAUGUCAUCCCUAGUUUGCAGUCCACCGUUGACAAGAUGAUGCUCUAUCAAGAAACCGUCCAGCCACUUGGUGAUCUCCGAUAUUUCUUGGAGAGCUAUCGCACUGGAGGAUUCGCCCCCAAGGUUGUGAUUUAUGAGAACUACUACAACUCGGCCGAUGAGCAGACUUUCGGUGUUGAUUUGGAGGCUCGAGCCCGGGCUGAUCGGAAACGAGUUCCUGCACUCAUCACCACGAUUCUCACCUUCCUCGACAAUCGCUACCCGGACCUGGAAGGUGAUGAAGCCAGGAGAAGUGUAUGGCUUGUCGAUGUUCCCUUGCACCAGACCCACAGACUUCGGGACAUCCUCAAUACUGGGAAAACCUUCAGCGUCGAAUCCCUGGAGCCUUACGAGGUACCCAUCAUUGCAAGCGUUCUUAGACUGUAUUUGCUAGAACUUCCUGACUCACUUGUCUCAUCUCACGUUUACGAGAUUAUGAAAACAAUAUACUCGACGCCAGCAUCCGAGUCCACCGAUUCGGCACGUAUUUCUGUGUUGCAAAACACUCUCAGCCAGCUGCAUCUUUCCAAUAUUGCGACACUCGAUGCCCUUAUGACCCAUUUCACAAGACUAAUUGAACUCACUUCGGCCGAUGAAACCUACAUUGCAGCUCUGGCAACAAGUCUAGCGCCCUGCAUUCUACGACCAAAGGUUGACACGUCCAUGACAAUGGAGGAGCGAUAUUCGUACCGCCUGAUACGCGACCUCUUCAACCAUAAGGAAGCUAUCUUCACCGAACUUAAGCGUGCCUCUUCCCUCUCCCAUAGCGUCAGUGUCGACACCCGUCCCCGAGCCAUAAGUACCGAUGAGUCAAACCGCAAAGCCAACAUGGAAGCCCGUGCCCGUGCCAUUAUUGCAAGCGGCUCUCGCAGUCGAGCCACCAGCCCAGGACCCUCCCCCCGUGGCCACCGCAGAGAUCGCAGCUCAGGAGGCCCGGAAACCAGAUUCCCAGUCCAAGUUUCCCCAACUGCGACGGCCGACCACAUCAAACAACCUCGACUUUCCACCGCUGGCACGAGACAGAGCUUGGAGGUACCAAGUGACGCGGCGCCUUUCGCUGCUCCUGAACCAGCGAACGGCCAACCUCUUCAAUCUAUCACCAACGGCAGUGCCGAGCCACAAGCACCGAUAACGAGCGCAACGUACGUCCCUGGCAUGGGCGACGGAAUGGACGAUACCGGCGUUGAGAAGAGGAACAGUCUCGGCAGAACUCAGGCUAGAUUCUCGGGUCGACGGCCGGCUCCAGGAGGAUACAAUCGCAUUAGUGGAGCUGAUCAGAUGAACAGGGAUAGUGGAGGGAGUUUGGGUGGCUAUGAGGAUGGGUCUGGUGGAGGGAGAUAUGGUGUUAGUUUGACGGAUAAGCCGAUGGAUGAUUGA